AUGGCUGCCGUUUAUUCUGGCAUUUCCCUUAAGCUUAAAAGCAAGAAAACUUCCUGGGAAGAUAAACUAAAGCUAGCGCACUUUGCUUGGAUUUCCCAUCAGUGCAUCCUUCCCAACAAAGAGCAAGUCUUACUGGAUUGGGCAAGGCAAUCGCUGGUGUCCUUUUAUAAGAAGAAGCUGGAGCUGAGGGAGGACAUUGUUGAAAGGCUUUGGGUCUACAUAGAUAAUGUUCUGCGUAGCAGGAAGCUGCAGCGCCUCCUCAAGGAAGGAAAGACGGUCACCCUCCAGAUCUCCCUGGUCAAGGUCAUCAACGAGAGGAUCGCCGAGUUCUCCCUCUCGGGAUCCCAGAGGCACGUCGGUGCGGUGCUCAGCUGCUGCCAGGCCAUCCUGUCCACGCCGGCCCUCGCAGUCACCUACACGGCCCGGCAGGAGCUGCUGGUGGCCCUGCUGAGCCAGCUGUGCUGGGCGGCCUGCCGGCAUCCGGAGGCCGCCGCCACGGUGACCCCGCUGUUCGAGGUCACCCACCUGGCCCUGGGCCAGUACCUCUCGGUCCAGCAGCAGCAGGUCAACCCGAGGCGGGCCUUCGGGGAGCUGACCGGCCACCUGCUCCAGCCCUGCCUGCUCCUCCGGCACCUGCUCUCGGCGGGCACGUGGGCGCAGGCCGGGCCGGGCCAGCUGCGGCCGGCGCUGAGCCGGGACCUCCGGAGUCAGCUGGAGGCCGUGCUGCGCGGCGGGGCCUUCCAGCCCGAGCUGCUCGCGUCCUACAAGGAGGAACUCCUGGACCAGCCGCCGCCCGAGGACGCCAAGAGGGGGGCCAUGAAGAGCCUGCCGGCCCCCGCCGACACCGUGAUCGCCGGGCUGGCGGACGCCGGCUACUGCGAGCCGCCCCUCCGCGCCUCCGUCGUGGCCGGCUCGGCGGCCUUGCUGUACAGGCUCUUCCUGGACGCCUACCUCAAGGAGGGCACCCAGCUCCUGUGCUUCCAGCUGCUGCCCCGGCUCUUCGGCUGCCUGCGGGUGGCCCGCCUGCCCGAGGGGCCGGAGCCGGAGCCGGGGCCGGGCCUGUCCACGUCGGACUGGACCACGGAGCUCCUGGCCGUGGAGCAGCUGCUGACCUCCGUGGCCGGCAACAACAUCUACAACAUCGCGGCCGACAAGAUCCGCCACGGGGAGGCCCAGUUCCGCUUCUACCGCCGCGUGGCCGAGCUGCUGGUCCGCCGCCCGCAGGCCUCGGUGCCCGCCUGGUUCCGCUGCCUCCGGGCGCUGCUGUCGCUGAACCACCUCAUCCUGGAGCCCGACCUGGACGGCCUGCUGGCCGCGGCGUGGGUGGGCGCCGACGCGACGGAGCCGCGGACCCGGAGGGCCCAGGAGGCCCUGCUCCGCGCCCUCUUCCAGACGUACGCCCGGCUCCGGCAGCUGCCGCGGCUGCUUGAGGGGGUGCUGGGGGCGGUCUGCCGGCCGGCCGCCGAGGCCCCGAGGCCUCCGGUGCUGGCCGCGGGCCCCGCCUCGGCCCUCCGCGACUGCCUCCUGGACCUGCCGCCCAGCCAGAUCCUGGACGCGUGGGCCCUCGUGCUGGACACGUUCCAGGCCGCCGUCCUGCCCCGUCUGCGGGGCGACGCGGACGCGGCCCUCCAGGCGCUGUCCCUGAGCGCGCUGCUGCACUGCCUGCUGGUCCACGCGCCGUGCCCGGACGCCGGCACGCCCCUGCCCGUGGUCCGGCGGACGCGGGCCGCCAUGGACCGGAUGCUCCGCGAGCUGGUGCAGCCGCUGCUGGGCCUCCUGCCCGCGCCCCGGGGCCCGGGCCCCGGCCCCGAGCUGUGGCUGCAGAAGGUCAGCGACGCCGCGCUGCUGCUGGCGCACGCCUGGGCCCAGGUGGACGCCGCGUUCGGCCUGAACUGCAGCCGGUAUGGCACCGCGGCGCCGUCGGGGGCCCCCGAGGGUGAGGCCCCGGAGCGCUCCGACCUCCCCCCGCUGCUCCCGGGCGUGGAAGCACGCCGCUGGAGGAAGAUCGAGAAAGUGGCAGCUCGCUUCGACUCCGCGGGCAGGCUCUGCCUGGAGCAGCUCUACCUGCAGAGAAUGAAGAGGACGCUGGUGCAGGCCGCCGGCUCCGCCCCGUCCGAAUCGGCCCUGGGGACCCUGCGGGCCGAUGCCGCCUGCAUCCUGGCCUCCGGCCGGGACAGCCUGGCCCGGGGGGCAGCGGCGGCGGCGGCGGCUCCCUGGGACGGGCAGGCGGGGACGGUGAGUGCGGGCACGUACCCCGUGGCGCACUGGCACCUGGUGGUGUCCAACCUCACCAUCCUGGCGCCCUACCUCGGGCCGGACGACGUGCAGGACUUGGCCGGCGUGCUGCUGAGGACCCUGCCCGUGAACGGAGCCCCGGACGGCCCCGCCGCCGCCAAGGAGGAGGAGGAGGAGGGGGAAGAGGGGGAGCCGCGGGUCACGCUGGGGAAGCUCUCCCAGGCCGUGCUCUGCAGCCCCGUCUUCCCCGAGCUGCAGACCCUGCACGCCGCCUUCCUGACCCGCCUCGCCCAAGAGUGCGCCGGCAUCCUGCGGGCGGGCGUCCGGGGGGACCCGGGGCCCCUCCGCCAGCAGCUGCCCUGGCUCUUUGAGGAGGGCCCCGGGGACGUGGCUCCUUGGGAAGCCGGGCCCGCCAAGGCGGGGCCCGAAGGUUCGGAGCCCAGGGGGGACAUGGCCCGGAGCCUGCUCUCCCUGGUGCAGGGCGGCUUCCCCGUCCGGCUGGAGGAGGGGCCGCUGAGGCGCCUCCUGGGGCUGCUGGACGUGGUGUCCGCCCUGCAGCUGGACAGCCUGGCGGCCCCCUGCCACGCACGCUACUUCCUCCUGCUGCUGUCCGCCGCCCUGGCCUCCCCAGGGGGCUCCUGCUCCCCCUCCCUGGCCCUGAGGUUCCUGACGGCCUGCUACCGGCUCCUCGGCCGCCUGCAGAGAGUCAGGAGCGCCCGCGCCAUCCUCAAGGUCAUGUACGCCAGCGACCUCUGCGAGAUCGUCCUGACCUCGCUGCUCAGGGCCUGCCGCGGGCGGCGCAUGGACGUGGACGGGGAUGGGGACACCGCCCUGUGGCGGGAGUUCCUCCAGGCGGCCGGCACCUUCCUGGAGCAGCUCCUGCAGGCGCUGGUGCAGGCCAAGCACAGCCUGGUGCUCAACUUCGGGAAGAUCCUGGCCUUCCUCUCGGAGGCGGCCGCGGGCGCCCGGCCGGGGCAGCGCAGCCCCCCCGGCCGGCAGCUCCUGCUGGUGGCGCUGACCACCCUGUGCCGCGCCCUGGGGCCCGUGGUCCGGGAGCGGAGGCCGCAGCCCGAGGCCCCCGAGGCGCUGCCAGGGCUGCUGCGGCAGGCGGUGCUGCGGACGGGCGAGGCGCUGCAGCCCUGGCCGGCCCGGGGCCCCCCGCCCACCGCCCCCCUCGCCGCGGUCAGCGCGCUCCUGGAGGCCGACCUGGGCCUGCACCCCGAGACCGAGACCGAGACGUCCCAAGGGCCGGACGGGACGCGGCUCUCGCACCCGGCCCUCUACCGGACCGUGUACUCGCAGCUGCUGGCCGAGCUGCCCGCCCUGGCCCGGGACGCCCCGGCCUUCGGGGCCGCCGCGCACUUCCUGGCGCUCUUUGUGCGGGCCCCCGAGCUGCACCCCGCGGGGGAGCCGGUCCUCGACGCCGUGUUCCACUCCGUGAGACGGGUCCUCGCAGACCCCGCUGUCCCGGCGCCGGCCGUGCAGGCCAUCGAGCCUCACCUAGGCGCCCUGCUCGCCCGCCUGCUGGAGGCCGGGAGCACCGAGGACUUCCGGGCGAUGCUGCAGUGCGUGCUCCGAGGGCUGGACCUCAGGAACGCGUGGAGCGCGGACCGGCCGGCCAUCUUGUCGGCUCUGACGCUGAUCAAGUUGCUGCUGGACUGCCCGGUCAGCGAGGGGCAGGCGAGCCUGUUCUGGCGGGCGAGCCCCCAGAUCAUCACGGCCCUGACUCUGCAGACCCGGGAGGCGUGCCAGGAGCAGCCCGCGGCCGUGACGGUGGUGGAGUCCGUCCUGGACGUCCUGGCCGUGCUGCUGCGCCGUGGGGAGGGCGCCAUCCGCAACCCGCACCACGUCAGCCUGGCCUUCGGCGCGCUGCUGGCCGUGCCGCUGGACCGCCUGGCGCCCCCGGAGCUCGGGCGCGUCUUCCCGCGGGCGCACAGCGUGCUCUUCGCCAUCCUGCAGUGCCACCCCAAGGUGAUGCUGAAGGCCAUCCCUUCUUUCCUGAACUGCUUCCACCGGCUGGUGCUGUCCGUGAUACGUGAGGGACGGCAGAGAGACAAAGGCGGCGCGGAGGACCUGCCGGGGGUGCUGGCGUGCGCCCGCCUGGUGGAGAGGAUGUACAGCCACCUCGCCGCCCGGGCCGAGGACUUCGCCGUGUUCUCGCCCUUCAUGGUAGCCCAGUACGUGACGGAGGUGCAGAAGGUCACCUUGUACCCGGCCGUGAAGGGCCACCUGCAGGGGGGCAUCUUCCUCAUCCUGGACCUCUGCAUCGAGCCCGACGUGCAGUUCCUGCGCGCCUCGCUGCCCCCGGGCGUGCGGGACGGCUUCAAGGAGCUGCACAGCGACUACGUCAAGUACCACUGCGCCAAGCACGAGGGCGAGAGGCGGUACGCCGUCUGA